GGCCUUGCGCUUUCGCGGCCGAGCGGAGAGAAUCGAGGAGAAGAGUCGCGGGGGGCGACAGUCAGUCAGCGAGUUUCUCGCCGAGAGGGUGUCCGUGUCCGCCCGUCACCACCGUUCGUCGUCGUCCCAGGCAGUGACAUUCGACCCACUUGCAGUGCCGCCCCCGAAAAUAACGCCCCCAGCAGCGCGCAAGCAAAGAGGCGCAGGAGGACUAGGGGCGAUGCUGGGGACUUCGACGCCGUCGUUCGUGGUCACCUCCGAGCCCCCCGGCCCUCGCAGCCCCCCAGGCAGCCUUGAGGACAUGGACUCUGCCCUCGGCAGUCCGUCACUCGACCCCAAGAACACAAAUCACAGCAGCAGCAGCCAGUGUUCGAGCAUGUCGGACGGUGAGAGCUACGAGUGCCUCGGCGAGGGCUCGCCCGCGCCCUCCCCCGUCGUCAAUAAAGGGGAGUCUCCGGGGAUGUUGCUCAAGAGGAACACGUGGUCACGAUCAAGUUUACGCCGAACGCCGACAAACACAAGUCCCGGCGGUGACAGUGCCAUUGGUCGAAGAUGGGGAUCAUUGAGACAGACUAUUGUGGUGGAGGAGGCGACGCAAAAGAUAGAACAAACUGACGACGAAAACUCGAGUGGAAAGAGAAUCAGCGCGAAUGGUGCAUCGGUGCCCAGUGGAUUGUGCCGGAGUGCGAGUUUUAACUCGAGCGGGCGCAGCUCCAACUGCGGCGACCCGGACGACAUGUACUGCUCGGACGCGUCCCUAGAGGAAGACGUCAUGGGCCUCAACAGAAAGGUGCACAUGCUGCAGCAGCAAGUCACUGCGUUGGCGGACACGCAGAACACGAGCGACGACCGAUAUGGCAGGGCGCGCCACGAAAACGCCCUUCUGCAGGCGCGACUGAUGAUCCUCGAGGAACAGGUGCGCGAGGAGCAGUCCAGGGCUGAGCAGCGUCUGCAGGAGGAACAACGUCGACAAAAGGACCUUUCCUCUCGUCUCGAGCGCGAAAAACAACUUGAACUAGAAAACAGUGCCAUCAGACUGCAGGCAGCUGAGAGGCGCUCGGAAGGUCUUGAGGAGGAGGUGAAGCGACUCCGAGGUCAACUUGAGCGCGCCAGCGAAAGUCGGCGUGUUGCUGAAGAAAUGGCUCAAGAGGCAGAUGCGCAGACACAGGUCCUCAGGGCGCAGCUGGCUGAGGCCCAUGAGGAGGCCGCCAAGACCAGAAUCACCUUCGAGCAGAAACUCGCAGACGCAGCACAGAGUCUGGAAGAAGCUCGACUGGAGGUGUCGGAGGCGGCUCGGGGGCGGCCAGCGUCUCCAGGUCGCAGCCCUGAGUUGGAGGAGGAGGCGCGAUGUCUCAGGGAGGAGGUGCGCACCUUGAAAGAAGCCCUCGAAGAAGCUCAGGCGCAACUUCUGGGCAGAGGACUCGAACAGGGAAGGACUUUGCUCGGCGAACCUGUUGGAGGUCCUUCUCUUGCAGACGAACUCGAUGAAAUGUCCUCCGACAAGGUGAAUGUGCGCCUGGCCCUGAGGGAGCAGCAAGAGGUGAAUGUGCAGCUGCGCGCCUACAUCGACGGCAUCCUGCUGAACAUUGUCGAGAACUACCCACAGCUGCUCGAGGUCAAGACUGCAGAGGGGCAUUUAAAGUGACCCCCGUUCACCGGUGGUCGACACAAGUCGAACGCCGCUCGUGGUGCCAGACUGAGUGCAAACGGUUCGAAUCUCACCCGUUGCCAAGCAAGUGAUACUGAGUGACUUUACAAGUAUAAUUUGUACCUUUUUACUCAAAACAGAAGAAAAAAUUUAAACAACAAAGUGCAACUUAUCCUCCAGUAAUUAGCAAUUAUUGUUACAAAAACAAAACUGAAACAUGAUUGUGUAAAUUAUUUUAUCUGUUGUUGAUGAUCAAGAAAUGAAAAGAAAACUGCAAAUUCGAA